AUGAAACUCCUUGGCUUUCUCAUCUUCGUCUUGCUGGUUGCACUUGCGACAUCAAAAGAUCAGUCAAAAGAGUACGACAAAGGCAGCAUCUAUUCGUCAAACAGUAACUACCCAUCUUCCUCAUCAUUGUACAACAAUCGUUAUCCCUAUUCAAAUAACUAUAACAAUCGCUAUCCCUAUUCAAACAACUAUAACAAUCGUUAUCCCUACAAUCAAGACUACUCAAACGGUCGAUAUGGAAGUCGCUACAACGGCCUUUCGAACAAUCGCGACGAC